GCCUUAAACUGUUUUGAUUAGACUGUAAAACUUAUAAUAGUCGGUCUCUGCAGUCGUUGUACCAUUUUUCACCAUGUAUGAAGGUGUUCAGGAAGCUAUAGAAACUGUUGACAGUGCUCGUCAACAUAAAUGCGAACUUGAGAGCCGUGAAAAACAUUUAAAAACCGCCGUUUGCCAAGUAAGUGCUACUGCAGAACAUGCAAGGAAAGAAAUUAAACAUCAUUUCGAAAGUAUGAACAAGGAAAUAGCUUGUAAAAUUGAUUUGAGAAAGAAAUCAUUGUUGCAUGAGAUCACACUUAUUGAAAAAACUGCAUUAAUACCAUUAAAUGAAUGUCAACAUUUCUUACAAGAAAGAAUAAGCGAAGCUGGCACUCUAGUUUCCACGGGAGAGAAUAUUUUGCAGUGUGAUUAUGAUAAUACUUCUGGUAAAAUAAAUUUUGAUUCCUUUAUCAGCAUGGCGGAAAAUCUUUCUCUGGACAGUGUCCCUGAAGUCCCAUUACUCAGCGAUGUUCCAAGCAUAUCAUUUGUUUUUAAUGAAGACUUUUCAUCUGAAAUUUGUCAAGCUCUUGAGCACUAUGGGACUGUGAGUAAACGUUCCCCUGUACAAAUAUCUGAUCUUAAGCCAAUUCCUGGCGGUGUAGUGGUGACAUGGUCUGAUAAUAAUCUUGGUGGUAAUGAAAAAUCUCACCGGAUAUACAAGCUUCAACUUUGCCAUGGUAGGGUAAACUUACCUUUGCAACUGAAAAACACAAAUGAAACAAUUUUUAAAGAUUCUUAUGUUGGCCCCAAUCUUACAUAUUCCGUUAAAAAUUUAUCUUCAAACAGUAUUUAUACCUUCAGGGUAUGUCAGUGCUCGCUCAUGGUAAAUGGUGAUACAAUAAAGCAAUGCAGUCCAUGGAGUGUGUAUCAGGAGAAAAUGACAACAAUGGAUCCGUUUUUGUGGUCAAAUUCUUCAGACAGUGUCUCCUAUACAUUAAGUGAUAAAGGGAGAUCUGCUAUUAAGAAAAAUUCUCUUGACACGGUUCUGUAUUCUGCAAGAUCAUCUCAUAUCAUUGGUUAUUCAAUUAAUUUUAAAAUUGAUGUUGAAGGCAAGUCUUACCAUACUAAUGAUUGCCUAGCACUUACUGUUAGACGAGAUGCCGAUGCUUGUAGUUUGCAUAUGAAAAGUGGAACUUUGUGUUUAAUGGCUGAUGGGCAUGUUUGGGUUAAUGGAACAAAAAGUACGACACGAUUUUCACACUUUUGUCGUGGUUCAGUAGUUGCCUUUGAUGUUAGUCAUAUACCUUCAACAGAGUUUGGUUAUAUUGGUAAAGAGAUAAAGCAAUUAAGAGUCUCAAUCACUGUUGGUGAACAUUGUGCUGUUUUUAAUUGGCAUCCAUUGAAAGCAGCAGCACAACUUCAUUCUCAGGACUUUGCUUUUGCCAUGUUGUUCCGUACUCCAGGAUGGAAAGUCUCUAUAACUUAGGUUACUUAAGUUAUUUUGUAACUUAUGUAGUCAUUUGUUUCUGGGAAGUGUAAAGUAAAGCCAAGAUCUUUUUAAGCUGCAUUAUUUUAUUUGUAAUCAAUACGUAACCCUGUCUCUUCAGAAAUGUAUUUAAGUUUUUGCAAUUUCUUUUAAUUUGACAGUUUGUUAUGUACUGCUCUCUAGUAAUACAGGUGUUCAAUAGAGUCAGAAAUAUUGCAUACAUACAGUCAAGUGUGGUAAUAAAAAAUAAUACAGUACUCCGGGUAAGAAAGGAGGACCCCCAGCUGGCUAAAAAAAAUUAUCGCAAACAGCUUUUGUGGGUAAAAACUAUAUUUAUUUGUCUUUUUUUUGUAUAACUUUCAUUUUAAGCGGUAAUUACUUUUUUAGUUAAACACUAUUAAACUGCCUUGCUGCUGAUAUAAUAUAGCCUAUAUAAUAUAUAUUUCAGUUUCAAUUUUUACAAACAUUUUACUUUUUUUUUUUUUUUUUUUUUUAGCCUAACCAAGAUUAAUUUUGUGAUAAAACUGAUUUUAAAGGUAUAUUAUACAUGUUACUAAUACCAUAAUAUUAUUUUAAUUUGGUACAAGUCAUUUUAUGCUGUUUAGGUAUUUUUCAAAGACAUUUAUCUCUUAGUUAAAUAAGUUGUAAUACCCGGGUACUUCUGGUCAUAUUCUGACGGGGGUGUUCUCACGAAAGUGUUUAAAUAAUAGUUGCAAAGCGCCAAAUUUUGCAUUCAAUUUUUACAGUACAAGAGCUUAUUAACUAACUAACCAAACGUUCAUUGUAUAAUGUUUUUCAUGUUGCUACAAUAUUUUGUUACACACUUAUAGUUAACAACACCGGUUGUAGAACAUAAUAGGAUACGCAUAUUUCUGGAAAGCCUGUUCCUAUUUUUUGCUAAUCCGGGUUUGGUUUACCAUCUCUAUUACUGCAUAGGAAUUAAGUUAAACAAACAACAACAUUACUGCUAAACAGACAAUUGUCGCUGCAUUGCAUUCCAAACGAUUUGGGCAGUAAUAAUUAACCUUAAUUUGUUCCAGAAGCAAUGCUACUGUAUAGGGAGGUGCCAAUUUGCAAAAGAUUCAAAAAA